AUGGCCGACAGCAACUCUAGCAACAAGCGGAAUAGCAAGGUGGGCACACCCAAGUCUGGCGCGGGUAGUCCAGCUAUGCAGCCGAUGGCAGACCCGUUGGAGAAUCUGUCCAGGGCUUUGGGAGCUCGGUACGUCCGUCCUCAUGGUGCGCAGGCGUUUAACCCGCAGACACCUUGCUGCACAGACAGUUACAGAUCUACCUUGACAUAUAAUUGCAAGUUCUAACGCUGCCUGCCAUCAGCAUACGAAUCACGACUGCCGCGCCGCAUUCGCAGACCUUCGAGGGCGCACUCGACAACGCAGAUCCCAAGCUGGGUCUCGUCUUCGUCAACACCCGAAGCCCUCCUCCCAAUCCUUCCACCAAUAUCGCAGCCCAACCGAAAGACUAUCAUGUCACUCCGAUUUCCCAGAUCCAGAACUUCCAGCUCCUUUCGCCGUCUCCCGCCGGUGAUUCUGGAGACAGGGGCUUCGCGAACGCACCGACGGCGAUUGGACGCGUAGACAUACAAAAGUUGAAGAAGCGCGAGGAAGCUCGCGUCAAGCAGCUGAAAGAGGAGCAGCAGAACAGAGGAAGAGGUGUCACAUCCGAGGGACAAGCCAUCUUUGAUUCGUUGAAGAGAAUGUAAGACAACCCAUCGGCGUAUCUCUUGCCUGGUAUGGGGCAUAAAAGGGCUAACAGUGUAUCACAGCAACAUCGAUGUGAGAUGGCACAACCAAGAGAUCAUUGCCUAUGAAGCAGUGAUCAUCUCUCCCCCCUACCGAUCGGAGGACUGCAAAGGUCAGGCCGGCAAGAUCGAACAGAUCACACGCGUGAAGAAGGUGUUGGAGGGCGAGAGGAAGAAGAUCAGGGAGAGGGAAGAGAGGGAGCGGAAAGCUGCUGCCCCGACUGGUCCUCGGAAGGGCGGAUAG